CAUAUCUAGCAUUUAUAGUGCCUCAAAGAUUUGCAAAGCAUUUUACAUGUUAUUUUGUUUAUUCCUCACAACAACCAUUACCCCUAUAUUGUGUAAAUAUGUAGGUUAUUUCUCUUCUUCCUCUUAUACAGGCCUUUUGAUUCCCAGACAGGAUUUGGUUAAACCUCCUCCCUACCCUGCCCUUCCCCUCAUUUUGCAAAUGAAGAAACUGAGGCCCAAGUGGUAGAGUGACUUGCCCAAGGUUACAGAGUGGUAGAAAGCCAGAACUCAAAUCCAGGUUAGCCAUUUCAGGGUUAAGUGACUUGCUGGGAAUCAAACAGCUAGAAAGUGUUUGAGGCUGGAUUUGAAUUCAGGUCCUCCUGACUCCAGGACUGGGGCUCUAUCUACUGCUCCACCUAGCUGCCCCAAGCUGGUUUAAUCGUUAGCCUUCCAGUGAUCUCACUUUCCUUAAAGGAAAACUAGCAGUCCUCCAAACAAUUGCUUUGUAAACUCAGCUGGAAAAGAAUUUUGUAUUUGGGAUUGUUAUUGAACCAAUGCCUCAUUUUCUAGUGAGCCCUACACUUCCCCUAAGGUCCUAUGCCAGCCAUCUGACCUGACUGUAAUAACCUAAGGAUUGAGAUUCUCUCAAAGGGGAACUUUUCACUUUGGGAUUCCUGCAAAGUAACCAUGAGACUUGCACAGACCAACUCUUGGUUGUGGGAGGGCAAGGUCCUGCUUUGCUUCUCAGUCUUUUUUGGCUGCUUCUCCAUGUCCAGUCACAUGCUUGCUCUUUUUCUUUUAGGAGACUGGGUCUAAAAGCCCCCAUUAUUCCAUAGCUACCAUCUUUGAGGUCAUAUGAUUGGCUCUCUCCUUUAAGUAGGAAGUGCUUCUCUGCACUGUGGAUCAGUCUUGAUCCUCCAGGGUGCAUGCUCUUCUUCUCCCCAAGCAGUUUGGUUCAAGAACUCAGGGUUUCUAAAAUUCCCAUCUCUUCUCUCUAAGAGGCCAGGUCUCAGACUUUCAAAGUGGUUCUCUGGCCGUUUCUUAGGCUAUAUGAUUUCUUCUCUGGGGGCUCUGCUCACAUGGCUUGAGUCAUGUGGCUCCCCUCUACAACUGCCAUUUCUAAGUCUUGAGAAGGGAUAUCAAUUCUUAGAUCACUAGUCUGUGCAAAACACAUCCUGAACCUCUGGCAGAUCAGCUUGUCUUUUUUAUAGCCUCAGGUCUCAGGGUGAGGCUCCGCUCUAAAAUAGACUGGUUUAAUCACCUCAAUGAUGGUUCAGAAAAUAUUUGGUUCCAAAGUCCCCACAACUUCAAGAUUUAGCAUUGAGACAAUAGUAUCUGCCAGGCAGACAAAAAUAAAAGUCUUGAACAAAUGCAUUAGCUUUAACAAAAAAUUUCAUGUCUUCUGCUCAUUAGAAUGGUCCCUUCGAGGAGCCGGAGGCUCUAAAUAUCUAUAUUGGAAAUGAGGGUUAUUUUAAGAAAGUAUUUAUACUCAUCUCUUCAGAAAAGUUUCUGAAAUCAUAAAGAGAAGAAUCCUUCUUGUGCUGGCAGGCAAAUGUAUUAUUUUGGAAAAUUAAACUAAAAUUCGAAAAAGUAUUAAUUCCAACCAUCCUCAUUUUUUGGUUGUUGAAUUCAGUCCACUUUUUCAUAUAAGCAUCACAGAGAAGUUUAAAGGACAAUCACAAAGUCUCCUCUUAACCUUGCUAAAAUGAUAAGACAGUGCCUGAAAUUUGCCAGGAUUUUUUUUUAAAUUGAGUCCUCCUGUUGUGGACGUUAAUGCUGAGGUUGUGUAAAGACCAUGAUGCUGUUAGCUAAUCUUUAAACUGGAAGAGUAGAAAUAAAGUAAACUGGUAUUCAGUCACAUCAGGAUUACACAACAUACUUGCACACACAUUAGGCAAUCUGGAGGCAAAAAUAACACCAUUUAAAAACAUUAAUCCAGCCAUUUGCUAAGAGUCUUAUACCCAUAGAUUUAGAACUAGAAGGGCACUUAGAAGUCAUCGAGUCCAGUCUGUAGUGAGGGUGAGAAAGGCCAGUACCACACCGAAAGAAACUGUUCCUGAUACUGGCUGUCUGCUUUAUAACUGCAUGCAUUGUUACUACUUAACAAAAAGAAAUAAAAAUAAAUGGUUAUUUGCUUCAUGCCUCCUCCCUCCCAAACCUAAAACUACGCACAAGGUCAAAACAGCACAGAUCAAAACAGUAUAGGGUAAAACCAUUCGCUGAAGACGUAGUGAUAGAUGCUGCCAUGUUUCAGUACAAGUUUUUUAGGAAACACUAAAAAUUGCAAGGGCCGGAAAUGUAUGCCUCGAAUAUGCAGCAGAUUGAUUGGUGUAGACAACCAAUCUCAUAGAAGUCUUGCAGGCUAUUUUAUUUACUUAAAUAUCUAACAGCCAAGUAUCACACACGUGCACUUCCUCCCAUUUCCCUUUUUUGGCCUUAAAGAAAACAAACAAAAAUUCCUUAAGUAGAAGUUUGAGCUCUUUCGUCCAGAAGCUAUACCCCCACAGGCCGAUUCUAAGAUGGGAAGCAAACAGGGAAGAUGUUAACUGGCUUUCAGGAGGAAAGGUAGCGUACAGAAAUGCGGAUUCAUUUUAAAACGUUUGUUUUAAGUCCAGGUUCUGUUCAAUAUUUCUUCUUUUUUUCCAACAAGACCUAAGGGAUCACUCAAUGGCUGCUGGCUAGCCAACUAGUCAACUGCAGCAAGUCACUUCCCCAUGCAGGCCACAAGAUUGCUCACGAAGUCAGCUGAAGAGUCUGGGUUAGACCGGUUUCCAGCUUAGGCAUUUAUGUUUCUGCUAAUGGCCACUCCCACGAAGAAGCAGGGAUGGGGGUGGGGUCCUGCCAAGGAGCGUGGAUGGUCUGAGGCUUCAUGGCCCACUGUGAAAACCAAAGCUUACUCGUCCCUAACAACGGCUGCUGUAUGGAUCAGGGGAUAGUACUGGACCCGUUGUCGGGAAAACCCGAGUUCAAAAGUGGCCUCAGACACUACGCACGUGACCCCAGGUGAGUCACUCAACCAGUUUGCCUUAAUCCCCUGCAGAAAGAAAUAGCAAACCACUCCAGCAUCUUUGCCAAGAGAGCCCCACCAACAGUAAGGUAUGUGCGGUGACCAAGGGCUGGGCACCACUUAGCAACAACCCUUCCCUAGCAGGUUCUUCAGGCCGUCAACAGCAGAACGAGCGUUGAGGCCGAGUUCGAAUUCCAGUUCUGUCACUGACUACUUGUGAGGUCUCGGACAACUCACUCUGUGAGCCUUGGUAAAAGGAUUUGGGGUGAUUAGCUGACUGCUAAAGGCUCUUCAGGUUCUAGAUCCAGGACUUUACGAUCUCAGGGUCCAGGAGGGGCCGCUAGAAGGCUCAAAGGCUGGGAAGUAACUCCAGAAGCGAUUGGUCUCAGCAGGUUAAACCCAUCAGGGAAAAUAGAGGGCGGGCGUCGGGCUUCACGCAGGCGCAGUGGCCCGUUUGCUGCGCGUGCGCCAAGCCAGGUCCGUCCGUUCUCCGGCGGUUACGAACUUCAGAGUAGCCGGGCCGACGGUUAUGUAGAGCGCGCAUCCGUCCCGCCCCUCCCCUCCGCCUGUUCGCCCUUCCGCCUUCCCUUCCUCUGGCGCCCCCAGUUGACGCCAGUUUCCGGUCAGUGGUCACCGGCUCGAGGGCGUCCCGCCCCUUCCGCCCCGACAGCAGCGGUGGCUGCUCCUCCUCCUCCCGGUCUCCUGUCACAUUCGGCGGCUGCGUCCCCUCGGAGGCUCCUCCGUGUGACUGGGAGCCGGGCCCCAGGGGUUGAUGGCGAUCAACUAUAACGCUAAGGAUGAGGUGGACGGCGGGCACGGGUCGAGCCUGGUGGUGGGCAGCCAUGCGGGGCCCGGGAAUGCGAUUGGGGGCGGCGGGCCAAAGAGCCGACGACCGGACAACACGGCCUUUAAGCAGCAGCGUCUCCCGGCUUGGCAGCCCAUCCUGACCGCCGGCACCGUGCUGCCGGCCUUCUUCAUCGUCGGCCUCAUCUUCAUCCCCAUCGGCAUCGGCGUCUUCGUCACCUCCAACAACAUCCGUGAGUUUGAGAUCGACUAUACUGGAACAGAUGAAAAAGAUCCCUGCAAUAAAUGUUUGUCCUGGAAUGAUACAAAACCCUGCAUUUGUGACAUAAACUUCACAUUGGAACAGCCGUUUGAGGGAUAUGUGUUUAUGUAUUAUGGACUAUCUAAUUUCUAUCAGAAUCAUCGUCGCUAUGUGAAAUCUCGAGAUGAUAGUCAACUAAAUGGAGAUCUUAAUUCCUUAAGAAACCCCAGUAAGGAGUGUGAGCCCUAUCGCAAGGAUCAAGAUAAGCCAAUUGCUCCUUGUGGAGCUAUUGCCAACAGUAUGUUUAAUGAUACAUUAGAAUUGUUUCAGAUGAAUGACAGUUCACUUAUACGUGUUCCUCUGCAUAAGAAGGGUAUUGCUUGGUGGACAGAUAAAAAUGUGAAAUUCAGAAAUCCCCAUGGAAGUAACCUGUCUGAAGUUUUUAAAGGUACAACAAAGCCUAUAAACUGGCCUAAACCAGUAUAUGAAUUGGAUGAAGAUGAUGACAACAAUGGAUUCAUAAAUGAGGAUUUUAUUGUGUGGAUGCGUACUGCAGCAUUACCUACUUUUCGUAAGCUUUAUCGUCUGAUAGAGAAAAAGGGUGGAUUGCAUCCAACUUUACCUGUUGGACAGUACCUUUUGAGAGUCACAUACAAUUAUCCAGUACAUUCUUUUGAUGGACGAAAACGGAUGAUCUUGAGCACCAUUUCAUGGAUGGGAGGAAAAAAUCCAUUUUUGGGAAUUGCUUACAUCGCUGUUGGAUCCAUUUGCUUCCUUUUGGGAGUUGUACUGCUAGUAAUUCAUCAUAAAUAUGGAAACAGAAAUAAUAGUGCUGACAUUCCCAAUUAGUUUUUGUAUUCUAAAAAGAAAUCUGCAUGUGCGUCAAGGCCAGUCCAACCCAGCUUGCUAAAUGUCUGGUUAGUAUGUCAUUUCUGAAGCUGGCUGCAUAACAUUUUUUCCUUUAAUUUUUUAAGAGCCUUUGUCCCAUGCUUCUUCACUGUGGAUGACUUGUGAAAAUAUGACGGGUAUAUCAGCUGAAAUUAGCUAUAGCUAUAUUGAUCAUAUCAACACUGUGACUGCUGAAAUGGCUUUUUAUGUUUGCUUUUUAUUGGACAGGCCACGUGAUACAUACAACCUCUUUCCCAUGUAAUGUUAUCUGCUGCUUUAAUGUCUGUGCUCUAUGGGUAAUAUUAUAUGCAUAUAUAAUGCUGUGUAAGUAUGCUUAUUGUAUGAAGAAAAGGAUGACAAGAUGUAUAGGGAUAUAUUAUGACUUGUUAUCCUUUCAGGAAUCAAAAGGUUAUGAGAAGAUAAAGAAAGCUAGAUCUAAAUAAAACAUUUCCUCUGUUUCAUAUGUUGUGUGUAUAGGCUUUAAGUACCAUCUUUGUUAAGGUGGUUAUUAUAUUCAGUUUAUCCAGUAGAUACCUAUGUCAAGCCUAGCUCUUAUGUAAUAGGACAUGUUUAACAUAUGUAGCAUAGGAAUAAAUUAUUAGUCAUGUCUAAAGGGAUUAGGCCACUUACCUUCUGGAUAGAAUUUUUUAAUUCUUACUUCCAUUUGUUUAAGUCUGCAAAGCCAGGUGUCCCAGCUAACUAAAUGUUUCAUGCCUUGGUCAUUUAUUUCCCUUGGAGCUUCCUCUUCACAAGAGAAGAAAGAAGAGAAGCUGAAAUGAGAAAAUAGUACUCUUUGGUGGCAGAGCUAUACCUUCUGCCUAAGGGUAAACCAGGUUUAAAUACUAAAGGCUGUUAUUAUUUCAUUACGGGAGAUGUUUGACAUUGAGAAAUUUGCCUCACCAUUGGAAGUAUCUCAAACUAAGUUUAUUUUUACAGGUAAAUGUUUUGACUUGUGUACUAAAGCUGCAGUCCAGAACACCUUAAGAAUAUUAAUCUUUUUACCUAGGAAUUACUCCAUUUUCAUAGAUGUGAAGUAUGAGUUCAACCUCUUGUAUAAUUAAGAUGCCAAUUCCUUUGGUUGGUUUUCCUAGGAGUUAACUUUAAACAAAAUUCUUUAAAACUUACUGAUUAAAUUCAGAGGAAGAUUAUGCAUAUAAUAAAUUAUAAUGUAUAUGGUGGAGGUUAUUUUAUAUGCAGCUAUCUUGGUAAAUUAUACAUAUUCAAUAUUAAAUAAAUGCUGUAAUUUGUAAUGAAACUUAUUCUUGAAGUGAAUGUAAAGUUAUUUUCUACAUGCAUGAAAAAUGUACAUUUUAAUUAAUAAGAAAAGAUGGCUUAAUUGAAUUCAACCUUUGUUUUUGUUUACUAAAUUUAAUCUUCAGUAUAUGUAUCUGUACAUUUAUAUAGAAAAAGGUAUGUUUAUUCUGAAUUUGUGCUUUAAUCCGAUGUUAUAUUUUAAAUCAAAAGUCUGGGUAUUGUAUUAAUUUUCAUUAGAUAUAUGCUCAUUUAAAAAUAUAAUGGUUAAUAGUGUAACAGGUGCCACAUGUCUUAAUAUUUUAUAUAAGUUUACAAUUACAUUAUAUAAGUCAUACACUGAUCUUAUUCCUUCAUCAGAAAAUGACUUGCAUGGCAUCCUUAACAUGUGACUGUCACGGAAACUUUCAAAAAUCUGACACUACAGCUAUAUAGUGUGUUCUUUAUUUGGAAGCCUUUUUUUUUUUUUAAAGUUAGCUCCCCAGAUUUUGUCAUUUGUUUUCAACAUUUGGAAUAUCCUACUUGACAAGUUAUUUACUUAAGAAUUACAUUAAUAGGGGUUUUCUCUUUCUGACUUGUACAAAUUGACAUCAAGGAGUGUAAGGAGAAAUAUUUUCCAUCUUUUAGUCUAAUCUGAGGGAUUAGAGGUGCCAUUAAAAGAACAAAUGAAGAGCUUUUCCAUGUCUAAUGUGGUUUGAAGAUGGAAUCCUAAAAUGGCUUUGAAGUUUAUCCAUCUUACAAAUAUAUUUUAGGCCUAAAUCUCCUGUCUCCCCUCACUUGAACCAUAUAAAAAUUACUUGCCUAAAUCUAAUGAAUAUGGAAUAUUUAUGUGAUCUUUGUGAAGGAUGAGGGAGAGAAAUAUUUUACCUUACAGACUUUAUGCCAACUUUGGGGCAAUAUAGGUGGCAUUCUGCUUUCAAAAAAACUGAACUUAAUUUUAAGGCACCUAAUUCAUAGGCUGGAGAAGAUUAGUAAAUACAUUAAAGAUUGUGUGUUAACUUGCAGGAAAUAUUUUGAGGUGUUAAAAGGUUUCCCAUUUUAAGUAGUUAUACAGUAAAUAAAGGCGUAAGAAAUUUCAUUGAUAUCAUAAGGCAGGUUUUUGUUUAAAUUGGAAAAUUAUUGUAUAUUACUUAGUAGAGGAAUACCUAACCAAAGGGAGAGUUAAGCUGGAAUAUAAUUUGUUUAUUGACUGGCGAUGAAAUUUCUUUAUAUUUUUGAGAGAUUACUUUGUUAGCAUCUGUUACACCUUAAUAAAAACGAACUGGAUUUACUUUGGAAUAUUGGCCAUGUCUUGUUAAUAACAUGUUGGUUUUAUUGAUGAAAUUCAAAUUCAGCUGCAGCCUAACCUCGAUAAAUAAAUGUUCAUAAUUC